AUGCGCAGCCAAAAGUCCCUGCGCGAAGGCACGGCAAGCAGCCUGGGUCCCCAGAGGGACAGCGCUGGCAGCUCCAGAAGAAACAGCAGAGGUGACAGCGACCCUUCGGCUGGCGGAGAAUCGACGACCACAACGACGGGCUCCUCGGCACCUCUGGUGACGACCGCCAGGUUGCGUGAGGAUCGCCGCUCAGUCUCACGCCUGAUGAUCGCGCUGGCCAUUUUCUCCGUGGUCUCCUCCACCGCUAUAGCUCUCUCGCUGAUAGUGCACGCACGAUUCGACAGCAGGCUGCUCGCAAGCGACAGUCACGGGGGCGACGCCUCUGACACGACGCCGAAGCUGGAGACCAGCUCUGUGCCGUUCGGAGACAGCACCGGUGCCAAGAAGCACAAGCCCGUGCGCCACAAGUCAACACCAGCCCGAAAGAAUGAUCCCAGACAAGCCUCGACUCAAAAGCAGCCGCACUUCUCUAUUGAGACCCAUGCGCCUUCGUCUGUCGGGGCGAAUUCGUCUGGAAGAGAGAAUAAUCGUUCCACCGGCGAGUCGCUACGCAAGACAGAGUCCGCCAGCCAGGCUGGCUCCAAUCGGGCUAAGAUUACCAGUCCCAGCUAUACCACCAGCUCGGUCAACGCCACCAGCUCGGCUGACCACAUAGGCUCGGUCUACACUAUCAGCUCAGCUAGCAAGGAACAGGCGACGAGCGGCAUCAGCUCCCGUGACGCAGUUAUCGACACGAACAAUAUUGGGAAAGAGAAAGUGUCGUCCGAUGCUUCGAGCAGGGCGACGCUCAGGUAA